AUGGAUAUCCUGCAGCCCUGCCUACUGCUCAUUCUGUGGGCUCUCAACAUAGCCUCAGCUGCCUUGUUGAACAAACAUGUGGAGCACAGGAACCUGUUUGCACUGAGAGCCUGCUGCAAGAGACAGAGCCACUUUGUUUACAUCGGCCAAGACAUCUCUGGUAGUCCUGUGAGUGUGGAUGUGGGGAUGUGCAGGACGCAUUGUGGGGGAGAACAAAGCAGGACAUCAUAUGAGGCUGGACUACAGCAGGGCUUUUCCAAACACUCCUCCAUGUUGGAAUACCUCAGGAGCAAAAAGGUAAGGGUCCGCAAACCUGCCACUCCAAUCAGUGCCGAGGGUUCUGGUCAGGUUACAUCCUGCGGGGUGAACCAUAACUGUGAGCCGACCGGGGUGAGGGUGGACCGGAUACUGCUGUUCAAGGGUCCCCGGGAGGUGGAGGUCAUAGAGGAAUGCCAUUGUGAAAACAAACUGACCCAAUGUGUCCGGGUUCCGGCGCUCAAAACCUACUUCUUUGAGACCCCAUACGAGACUGUCAUUGAUGUGGGAAGCUGUUCGGGUUCGAAAGGUUCUCCAGAUGGGUUCUCCUGCGUGCCCACUAAAUUUGUCUCGGCCUUGGUGGAGACCCCUAACAAGGUAGACCUGGUCCAGACGGUGGAGGCCUGUGAGCUGAGUGAGAGCUGCUACAGAGUUCCCUACAUGGAGUACUACUAUGAAAUAGUCUAUGAUGCUGACGGAGUCAAAGAGGAGAAACUCAAGGAAAUAGACGUGGGCAGAUGUUUAGGAGGCUGCACCACAGGAAAUCGCUGUCUUCUCAGGAGCCACUCUGAUUCCGAAGUGUGCUAUCUGUGGGCAGAGAGACCCACCAACUCCUGUGUCCCUCGGGGCUACGACAGCCACAUGUUCCUGAACCAGCAUGGCCAGAUCCGCACAGUCCUCUCCAUCUCCUCCUGUUUCUGUCAGUCCUGA